AUGAAGCCGACAGCGUUGAUUUUUGUCCCGGAUCAUUUGGUUGAUGGGCGAGUUGCUUAUUUGAGGAAUGGUCAGCUACAUCCAUGGGGAUAUGCAUUGGAACCGACUAUCGAUUCUUCAAGGGUCAUUAUUGUUUUCAGCUUCGUGUCUUCAUGCGAUUCGCGACGUGUUGAUCAGAUUGACGUGGCUUCUCAAGUCGCUCGGGAAAACGGUCUGGAUGCGAAUCGCAUAGUCGGCAAAAUUCAUUGUCUUCUGUCCGACUGUCCUAAUGUUGGAUCAGAUUCCAAACGGAACGAGGAAAGCGUUACUCGUCCCAUCCUACUGUCCAGUUUGUGGAUCGCGUUCCGUUACGAUUUGCUCACUCGAUUGCGUCGUUCGAAUUUCGCCGCCACAUUGGAUCAGUACACGGCUAACCGGGACAACAGCUCGUUCGAGUCUGAGGAGCACUCACUAAAUUGGAAUUUACUGGUGGAACGGGAACAGCGUAUGCUGACCGAUUGUUUCGGUCCAUGUCUAACCAUGCUGAUCUUAGAUCUGACCGAAUUCCCGGUGGAUCCCGACGAGUUUCGAUUCGGCCCGGAACCCAAGAACAAACCAUUCACAGAACGCGAUGGAUUCACGCAUCGACUUCGAGGUUUGCUUCCGAGCAGUUUGACCCCGGGCGAUGAAUUGUUUAGCAUUCCACGUGCUCUACUCACUGAGACUGUUCAUCGAGCGUACAAAAUUCGCCCGACGACUUCUUCCGCCUCCUCGACGGGUCAAGUUCUUUCACCGACAUACACGAACGACACCUCGCUCACUUUACUCGGUACCAUUCAAGUCCUGUUCCUAUUGCUCAGUCUCCUCACUCCACUGCACACCGCCAGAUCCGCAGAUUCCGAUUCGGUUCACCUAGUUGAAUGUAACCGUUUGUCUUCUCCACCGGGAUCAUCUGAGAAAUCUCAAUGGCCGGAUUGGAUAGUCAGUGAAAUUGACUGUACCCGGAUGCCUACACUGGGUUGGUUCUUCUUGAAUACAUCUGAGCCAGGCGAGUUUGUUAUGCCGUCGGAUCGUCCACCGAUUCUCUCUUUUUUCACUUGCGAGUUAACCCGUCUGUUGGUUUGGCUCGAGAGUGGGGAACCAGCUGGAUUAAAAAUCAAUUUGCAUCUGGCCCGACUGAUGGGUCAUUUCUUCCUCUAUCACAUUCUCGCUUGGCGUACCUAUUGCGGUCUACUGAUUUACAUGGCCGGAUUCGGUGUGAGCCUGGUCCAAUACAUCACCGAAGUGCAUUCGGUCGAUACCGUGUUCUAUGCGAAUCUGGCCACUUCGGCCUGUCUGAUGCUCGGCACAUUGUUUGUGGCUUCCACUCAUCCCAAUCCAAACCGGUGUAUCUCGUCCGGAGUGAUUAUCCUAUCUUAUGUGUCCACGGUGAUUCGACUCACUGUCGCACUGAUCCUCUGCCUGUUCAUGGAUUUAAUCAAUCUGUUGGCUCUGCAUCUGACCACAUUCUAUGUGUACACAGUUCAUCUCCUGAUGCUUCAGUGUCGUGCAAUCGGGACUGCUUGGCGUCUCUGUCGAAACGGAUCCAAAUGGAAUCCGUUGCGUAAUCGUGUUGACACUGUACCAGAUAUGUAUGUGGGCCCGAAAAUUUUCGCUAUCACCCGCACCCGGCCGGGAAACAAACCGAUCCAAUCCCGAGUCACGGUACCGGACACGGGUGAACAUGAUGUGCAUCUGGAUCGUCUGUUUGUGGCCACAUUGUUGGGUUUGGCUGUCAGUUUGUGUCUGUUACCGACCACCUUGGCGUUCUAUGCCACAUUUGGCCUAAUCCGACUGGUUAUUGUCCUGGUGCAAAACGCACUGCGCAUGGUGGCUGUAUUCAUCUUGGACAUGCCUGUAUCUGCGUUGCUGGCCUGGCUGUUCCACAGCGAUCUCAGCCGAAGUGAGUGA